AUGGCGGAGGAUAUCGUCAUAGACAAGACGCUCUUCUUCGAUCGCCUGUCGACUUUUUACAAUGCAUGGAAGGCAGAUAAGCGCUCGGGGGCUGGAGUUUUUGGCGGAGUGGGAUCUAUUAUUAUCUUGAUGGGAAAGACAGAUGAGGCAAAUGCAUUUCAGAAAGCUAAUGCGAUGCACUUUUGGCUGCUCGGUUAUGAGUUUCCAGCUACUCUUUUUGUGUUCACUGUGGACACGAUGUAUAUCGUGACUACUGCGAAAAAAGCGAAACAUUUGGAACCACUAAAGGGAGGCAAGAUUCCGGUCGAGAUUCUAGUCACAUCAAAAGAUCCUGCAGACAAGGCAAAGGCCUUUUCGAAAUGCAUAGAAGUCAUCAAGGCAGCCGGAAAGAAAGUCGGAACUCUGCCCAAAGACAACGCCCAGGGACCUUUCGCUGAUGAAUGGAAACGUGCUUUUGCAGAGGAGUUGAAAGAUGAGGAGGAAGUUGAUAUCUCUCCUGCUCUUUCUGCAGCGGCAUUUUCAAUCAAGGGGCAAGAAGAACUGGUGUCGAUGCGCAACGCAGCCAGGGCCUGCAGUGGUCUCAUGUCCGAAUAUUUCGUCGAUGAUAUGUCACAGCUCUUAGACGAGGGUAAAAAGAUAACCCAUAAAUCUUUGGCCGCAAGAAUUGAUGCCAAGAUUGAUGACUCUAAAUUCUUCAAUAAAUUGGCAAAACUUCCGCCGGGAUUCGACCCUCAACAGAUUGACUGGGCCUAUGGACCAGUGGUUCAGAGUGGAGGAAACUACGAUUUGCGUUUGACCGCUACUGCAAAUUCAGAUGAGCUUCAUGCCGGCAUCAUCAUUGCCGGCUUUGGCAUAAGAUACAAGACAUACAGCGCCAUCAUCGCGCGUACAUAUCUAGUGGACCCGACAAAGGCUCAGGAGGCAAAUUACGGAUUCCUCUUGAAUGUCUACGAUGCGGUUAUUAAAGAUAUCCGUGAUGGCGUGGUAGCCAAGGAUUUGUACAACAAGGCCAUUGGUAUGGUCCGUGCCAAACGGCCUGAUCUAGAGAAUCAUUUCGUAAAGAAUGUCGGUGCUGGCAUUGGAAUUGAAUUGAAAGAUUCCAAUAUGAUUCUCAACGGAAAGAAUACCCGAACUUUGAAGAGUGGUAUGACCCUCUAUAUCUCUAUCGGCUUAACAGAUGUCCGAGACACCGACUCAAAGGACAAUAAGAAGUCCGUUUACUCUAUGGUCAUAACCGACACUGUGCGUGUUAGUGAGACAGGCGCCCACGUCUUCACUAAAGAUGCAGGUAUUGAUAUGGACUCGGUGUCCUUCUACUUUGGUGAUGAGGAGGAGCCCCAGAAAGCUGCAAAGGAGAAGACGGAUGUUCGUUCCAGUGCCAUCGCUAGCAAAAACAUCACAAAGACCAAGUUACGUGCUGAAAGGCCAACACAAAGCAAUGAAGGUGCUGAAGCACGUCGCCGAGAGCAUCAGAAGGAACUCGCUGCCAAGAAGAUGAAGGAAGGUCUGGAAAGAUUUGCCGGCACUACAGGCGAUGGUAACGGGGAAGCCCAAAAGAAAUUCAAGCGUUUCGAGUCCUACAAACGUGACAAUCAGCUACCUUCUAGUGUGAAGGACCUAACCGUACACGUUGACCACAAAGCUUCUACGGUCAUCGUGCCCAUCAUGGGCCGACCCGUGCCAUUCCAUAUCAACACCAUCAAGAACGCCAGCAAGAGCGAUGAAGGUGAGUACGCGUAUCUGCGAAUCAACUUCCUCUCUCCUGGCCAAGGUGUUGGACGAAAGGAUGAUCAGCCAUUCGAAGACCCGUCCGCCAACUUCGUUCGAAACUUGACCCUCCGGUCUAAAGAUAACGAUAGAUUUGCCCGCAUUGCUCAAGAUAUUACUGAACUUCGCAAGAAUGCGCUGCGUAGGGAGCAGGAGCGCAAGGAGAUGGAAGACGUGGUUGAACAAGACAAGCUCGUGGAGAUUCGCAACCGACGACCUGUGAAGUUGCCAGAUGUUUACCUUCGUCCACCCUUGGACGGAAAGCGAGUUCCCGGAGAAGUGGAAAUCCAUCAAAACGGUCUGAGAUAUCAAUCACCACUGCGAAACGAGCAUGUCGAUAUUCUCUUCAGCAAUGUCAAGCAUUUGUUUUUCCAGCCAUGUGCGCAUGAAUUGAUUGUGAUCAUCCAUGUGCAUCUCAAGACCCCGAUCCUAAUCGGUAAAAGAAAGACAAAGGACGUCCAGUUCAUUCGAGAAGCUACCGAAAUGCAAUUCGACGAGACGGGUAAUCGUCGCCGCAAGCAUCGCUAUGGAGACGAGGAGGAAUUCGAGGCAGAGCAGGAGGAGAGACGUCGCCGAGCAGCUUUGGAUAGAGAGUUCAAAGCUUUCGCCGAGAAGAUCUCGGAUGCUGGUAAAGAUGAAGGUGUUGACGUGGAUAUUCCAUUCCGAGAAAUCGGAUUCAGUGGUGUGCCGAACAGAUCUAAUGUUUUGAUUCAACCAACUACGGAUGCUAUCGUUCAAUUGACUGAGCCACCCUUCCUGGUUGUUACUUUGAACGAGAUUGAAGUUGCUCAUUUAGAGCGUGUACAGUUCGGUCUGAAAAACUUUGAUCUUGUCUUUGUCCUUAAGGAUUUCAACCGGCCACCCAUCCAUAUCAAUACUAUUCCAGUGGAAUCAUUGGAAGGGGUCAAGGAUUGGCUUGAUUCGGUAGAUAUCCCAUUCACCGAAGGACCUCUCAAUUUGAACUGGAGCACAAUCAUGAAGACAGUUGCUGCCGACCCCUACGGCUUCUUCGCCGAAGGAGGUUGGUCAUUCUUGGCUGCUGAAUCCGAUUCUGAGGAUUCUGAAUCAGAGGAAGAGUCUGCUUUUGAGCUUUCCGAAUCCGAAUUGAACGCGACUGAAGAGAGCUCGGAGGAUGACAGUGACUUUGACGACGAUGCUAGCGCCGAAGCUAGUGAUGAAGACCUCAGUGUUGAUGAAGAGAGCGGUGAGGACUGGGACGAGUUGGAGAAGCAGGCAAAGAAGAAGGAUAAGGAGAGUGUGGACGAUGAGCGCAGCAAGAAGCGUAAGCGUUAG